AAGGUCUUGCCUUUUUUUUCUACCUUCUCCCGCAGGUGUUAUUGAGAAGUUGCAUGAAGCAGCGUACAAAAAUACCCUGUCCAACUCUCUGUACUGCCCGGACUACAUGGUCGGCCGUGUCUCUUCUGCACAGCUGCAUUCAUUUGUUGCGGACAAUUUCACCACUGGGAGAAUGGCUCUUGUAGGACUAGGUGUGAAGCACUCUGUCCUAAGGCAGUUGGGCGAGGGGCUCCUGAGUGAGCGCAGCGGGGCGGGAGCGCCUGUGGCUCAGGCUGUGUACCGCGGAGGUGAGCUGCGUGUGCAGAACACCGAUGACCUGGUCCACGCCCUGAUUACCAGCGAGGGCGGUGUGACAGGAAGCGCAGAGGCUAAUGCCUUCACCGUGCUGCAGAGGAUCCUGGGAGCUGGGCCACAUAUUAAGAGAGGCUCCAACAUCGCCAGCAAGCUGAGCCAGGGUAUUGCCAAAGCCACCACACAGCCAUUUGAUGCCACAGCCUUCAAUGCCUCAUACACCGACUCCGGCCUGUUUGGCAUAUAUACCAUUGCACAAGCUGACUCAGCAGGAGAGGUGAUCCAAGCUGCCGUUGCUCAGGUGAGCGGUGUGGCAGAGGGAAAUGUAUCGGAGGAGGACGUCAUCAGAGCAAAGAACCAGGUGAAGGCAGAGUACCUGAUGUCAAUAGAGAGCGACGAGAGUCUGAUGGAGGAGAUCGGGGCUCAGGUUCUGAGCACUGCAGCGUACCAGCUCCCUGACGCCAUCCUCCAGGCCAUAGAUGGUGUCACCCAUGACGAAGUGGUCAAGGCUGCGAGCAAAUUUGUGGAUGGCAAGAAGACCAUGGCAUCUUGUGGACAGCUGUUGAAUACACCAUUCGUUGAUGAAUUAUGAAGAUAAAUCAUAAGAACGGUUGGUUUUAUUAAUGGCUCGCUGUGCCGGGCUGCUUCAAAAGGAAAGAGGACAUCAGAGCCUCCUGCAACAAUUCAUCUGAUGUCACCAAUCAUGUGUCUGUCCUGCAGUGAGUGCACCAACAAGGACCUGGAGAAUCAUAAUGCAAUAUCUUUUUUGUUUUCUGUCAAUUUAACUGUAUAUCUAUGUAAAUUAAAGAACGUGAUAACCA